AAAACGCAAAACAAUUGAUUACACCUCUGUACUAGACUCGGACAUAGAGCCAAGUGGUAAUAGGAAGAGAAACUCGCCUAGUAGAAGUGGGGAGAACAGUCGAGCAAGUAUGGAAAGUGGAGAGGUUAAAUCGCCUACGAGUCAAAAGAAACAAUCAAAUUCAUGCAGUACGCCUAAUAGAGCAGCUAAAGAAUUGGCACCCGAGUUUCUCUUUCCGCAAGCUGAUAAUAAUAAGAAAAAGAAAAAUUUGAGUCUAAGUCGAAAGAACAGAUUUUCAAAUACUAAUUCAACAGACUCAUCUGAUACCAAAGCAAAUAAAGCGUCCGUUAGCGAAGCCAAGUCUACGGACGACGAAGUAAUAUUGGCUGGUACAAACAGUAACGACAUCUUCGAGGAUAGCGAACUAAGUGAUCUGCCGAUUGCAAAUGAAGAGGAUGAUAAGUUGAAUGAGAAGCGUGUCGCACGCAAUUUAAAGGAUAAAUCGAGUAAAGAUAACAUAGAGAUAGAGAAUUUGGAUGAAGAAGGGUCGUAUGACGAGGAUGAUGACGAGAGCGAUUAUGAAGAGAGUAAUACGAGACGAUCGAAAAGGAAGACUGCUGUUUCAAAGAAUUCAACGAAUAAAGAACCAGCAGAGCACAAGUCGACCAAUAGUAAUAAAAAAACGUCAAAGAACGUUAAUGACAACAACACUGCCGAGAAGUCGCGAGAACGUUCAUCAACAAAAAAAUUCAAGAGUCUGCUUAAUGUUUUGCCUUUGGAAGAUUCGGACAAAGUGACCGUAAAUCACAAAACAACAUCAAAUUCAAGAAUAUCAAUCGACAACAUUUUGCAAGAAACGCCCACUAUGCGUAUUGGACUUUCUCGAAAGAUGAAAGUGAAGCCAUUACAUCCCUAUCUGCCUCGGUGA